AAUUUAUAAAUAUUUAAAUUCAAGAUGUCAUCUCAAGGAAAGUUUACUAAAUUUAAUGCUAGCAAAUAUACUAGACCAGGAUUAACUGAAGAUGAGGUUGAAGAGAUAAAAGAAGCUUUCGACUUGUUCGAUACUGAUGGCUCUGGCUCAAUAGACCCAAAAGAGCUCAAAGCAGCCAUGCAGAGCUUAGGUUUUGAAGCCAAGAACCAGACUAUUUUCCAAAUGAUCUCAGAUUUGGACAAGAACAGAUCUGGCGCUAUUGAUUUCGAAGAAUUCCUUGAUAUGAUGACAGCCAGGAUGAGCGAUAAAGAUACCCGUGAAGACAUCGGCAAGGUUUUCAGACUCUUUGAUGAGGACGGCACAGGCCUCAUUACUAUUAAGAACUUAAGAAGAGUUGCAAGAGAGUUAGGAGAAACUAUGACUGAGGAAGAACUCCUUGAAAUGAUCGAUAGAGCUGAUAGUAAUGGUGAUGGAGGUGUCUCACCAGAUGACUUCUAUGCUAUCAUGACAAAGAAGACUUUUGCAUAAGAGGGCAAAUUUGAAUAUAAUUUCUAUUUCAAAAAUAAGCAAUU